AUGGGUGAACAGACAUUCAAUAUUUCAGAUGACAAUUUAGAGCAGCAUAUAGUGACUUUAUUUGAGAAAUUAGAGUGUUUGCGUAGUAAUUCUAAUGAAGCGAGUUUGGGGGGCAGAGUGCCGGCCAGGUUGGAAGUGAGGACUUUAUCACUGUGGAAGGCUGUAGUUGCCGAAUGUGCGGCGUCUUUCUUGUAUGUUUUUAUCGUGUGUGGUGCAGCAGGUGGUGCUGGUAUCGGGGCAUCUGCCUCAGCUGUCUUACUUUCCACAGCUCUCGCUUCCGGUUGCGCUAUCGCAACGUUGACUUUAUGCUUCGCUCACAUAUCAGGUGCUCACGUGAAUCCAGCUGUGUCAGCAGCGUUAUGUAUCCGGCGGCGUGUGUCACCGCUACGUGCGGCUCUGUACGUUGCUGCUCAAUGUGGAGGCGCCAUAGCUGGUGCAGCUGCUAUUUACGGGUAA